CAGAUAUUAACGAAAUAAAGAGGAAAACGAUUAAUAUAGUACUACUGGAUCAUCGGGUGACUCGCGGACAUCACUGAUACCCAUUGUUAAAAUGAAUAGUAAAAAUACUAUAGUACCCAUUGAAUCGGAAUGGAAUAUCGCAGUUCGUAAAAUUAUCGAAAAGAUAACGCGAAAACGUAAUUUUCUAGAUGCAGAGAGUAUUACCGAAAACGAGUCGAUUGAUCCUAAUCAAUCUAUAAACGCGAUCGAAACUAAACGAUUUAAAGUCGCUUACUCUAGUGAAACAGAACCCGAAAAACAUAUUUUUCUUAGCAAUAGUGCUAAUCUAAAAUCAUGUAAUCGCGUUUCAAUUUUACCUAAUGACCACGGUGACAAUAAAGACUAUUCAUUUGUGUGUACCCGAAAACGCGGUUCCGACGUUUCCGAUGAACAAUGUUCAUUAAAUAAAAAAGUAAAACUACAAGAACUUGACGACGAAGUCAUUGUUAAGAAACAGGAAAAUACCAACAAAUUAACGUUUACGAAAAAUCUUGUUGAAAAUACCGUGCAGACAUCGAAAAAACCAGGACUUUUAACCGCAUUACUAUUGAAUGGCAGUUUAUCAUCAAUAGUAAACAUAGAUGAACAAAAAUACAGAAUAUACAACACUUGUGCUUUUGAUUCCGUUGCCACGGUUAUAUCAAGAGCUUUUAUUGACAAUAGUACGUAUAUAAAUUUCGUCAAUGCAAAUUCAAAUUCAGAAUUUUUGAAUUUUUGCAAAGCGGUAGCGUUUAGAAACGAUGCAGACAAUUUAAACAGAGAACGAGUGAAAAUAUUAAGGAGAUUAUUUAACGAAGAUAGUGGAGUAUCGAAUUUAAAAGUUAUUAAUUGUGAAUGCAAUGUAAUGAAGAUAAUAUACGAUUUGUUAAAAGAGUGUCCGUCGUCAAAAGACCACAUACGGUGUUCUAACGAUGGUUGUGAAAAUGCGAAUAAAUGUAGAAACAGUAGCACUAUCAUUUUAGAUGAAACGAAACUCAAACACUUAAAGAAUUUAGAAGAGAUGGUAAAUGAAUAUACUAAACAAAGGAUGUAUAAUUGUGGUCUAUGUACCGAACAAAUUUCAGCGAAAAGAGUACUGAGUUAUCAUUUAUUUAUUGAAACGGAUCAAGUCAAAAGAACCAGUAAAUUUACAAUGGCUGACUUUCCACAGGAACUAAGCGUUGGGAAUUAUAAGUACUUAUAUCUUUUUAAUUACAAUACAUUUAUGUAAAUUAAAUUCAUUGAUAUUAUUUUUCGAUUUAGAUAUAUACUCAACGGAUCCGUGAAUUAUAUGAGUGGACACUAUACCAGCCACGUACGUCGUUUAAAUCAAAACGUAUGGGAAACUCACAAUGAUUUAAAGAGUCACAUCAAAAUAUGCACGAUUCCCGAAAAUUUAAUUGUCGAGCCACAUUUGGUGGUUUAUACUAAAAAGUAGAAAGGAACAUUUUCGUUGACGUAUUUAAUAUUUGGGUAGGCAGUUACCACAUAAGCUGAUGAUUGUGAUACAGCGAAAACAUCAUCUUACCUCGUAUUAUGCCACAUCUAAUUAUUACUGCUCCCAGGUUUAUUCAAUUAACUUUCAUAAUAUCUUUCUUUUUUUUUGGGGGGGGGAUUUCCCCCUUUAUUUUGGCCUUUGGUCUACAUUGAUAAUUAUAUUAUUUAAUUUUACUUCUAACGAUUUUUCUGAUGGUCUCGUUCUGUUGGAUGUGAUAUAUUUGUGGUCACUGAGGGACUGCCUGUCUUCAACCCUUCGAUUUGUUAUCCUCAAAAUUAUCUUCUGGGACUAAUUUGCUGUUUACUCACUAUUGUUCACAACAUAAUUUUUUUUAAAUUAAAACUUACUUAUUAUUAACUAUUAUGUUAUACAUUUAUAAUAAAAAUAAACGAGAAUUUGAUUAUUAAAUACAUUUAUUUAUAAUGCCAACGAACAGAUUCGUUUUUCAUGAUAUAUAGAUAUAUAUAUAUAAAUAAUAUAUUCAUUUUUUACAGUAGUAAAUUUGUAAUUUUUUGAAAAUUAUAAUCAUUGUAAUUNCCGUAAUAUCUGUACGAAUAUCUAUACUCGUAGGUACUUGUGUGUGGUGUUUGAAGUCUGAAAUAUAUUCAACAAUAUUCAAUAAAAUCACCUGAAUGUGGAAUAUUGGAUUUUGAUUGAUUAUUUCACAAUUUAAUCCUUCCGCCUUAAAAAUUUAAGGUUCUCGCUAAUUUAGAAGAUAAUUAGAUGAUAAUAUUGUCUUUUUUUUACUUACAAUUACAAUCACACAUUCAAGCGAUUUAACUAGUACGUAAAUAAGUUAAUAUAUAUAUAUAUAAAAAUAUUAUUUAUAUGAAAUACAAAUUAAUUAAUAAACGCAUUAAUAAUACAAUUAAUAAUAAUUAUGAUACAAAUUUGAAAUUUAAACAUUAAUUAUUACAAUAGUUAAGAAUCUAAUAAUAUAUAUAUGGGGGGAGAGAAUUUUUUAUCAGCACAUUAACGAAAGAAAACCGCUCACGGACUAAUUUUUAAUUUACAUUUUAAAGUAUGUUCUAUCAUCAAGACUCGGAAAUUAUAGCACUUAGUACUAAGUCCGCAAAAAACUUAAAAAUUUCUAAAAAGCCCCGAAAGCAGAAUGUUUAAAAAAAUAAAAACAGUUAAAAGGUUUAAAAUUCCUUUCUAAAAAAGGGGGGGUUAGGUCGAUGAAGAGGUGGAGGGGGAUGAGAGUGCUGAACGUCGAUGAAGAAGAGGAGGAGGGUGAGGUGGAUACUCCAUGGAGUGAGGAGGCUUUGGAACAUACCAAAUCAUCCUACUAAUAUUAUUCAAUAAUAUUUUAUUUAAGUAAUAUUUUCCGUAGCCCUGUUCUAAUGAAAAUAAUUUAAAGAGUUGUUCUCAAAAUAUGAAAAAAUUUGAAGAAGACCAACAUCGUCCUGCUUACCUCUUAUCUUAACAUACUAUCCCCCUCCCAAUAAAAAUGAUCUUUGAGUCGACUAAGAUUAAUAUGGGAAUACAGAGUAAAAGAAAACGUAAAAAAAAAAAAAUGAACCAGUAGAAUAUUUAAGGAAUUAUGAUUAGAAAGAAUUAAGUGAAAAUAAAUAUGUUUGAUAGGAUGGUCUUAAAGGGUGAACCUUGAAGAAUAUUGACACUUUUGGUAAUAUGGUACAGAAAAAUAUCUACUGGACAUUCAGUUGCCGUAAUUUUGUUUGUUAUUUAGAGAUGUCCGCUAUUCAGAGGGGAAAAAAUUCUCGAAAAUAACUCUGACAAAUUAAUAACUAUGAACAACAUUUAUAUAUGCAAUAUGUAUAUUUUUAUUAUUUUAAAACAAAUAUUAAUUGUACAUAUUAUUAGUUAAAAUUAAGUUAUUAUUCUGUAAGUAAAAAUAUUAAUGAAAAUUUAAAUAAAAAUUAAUAUUUAUUGAAAAAAUCAGUUAUUUUAGAUUGUUUUAUACCUUGAUUUGCUAUAAAUUGCCAUAAAAGUGUUCGGUAUUUUUGAGAUUUUCCUAUAUAAAAAUGGUGAAAAUGUCCCUGUUCCCAAAAAGUGUCCGUUAAGGGAGGUUUCAUUUUACUAAUUUUUAAAUUUUAAACUCAGUUAAAAAAAUAUUAGUUCGACUAUAUUUUGUGAUUUUUAGAUUCUGAAUGGAGUUUUUUCAUGUGAACUUAUUUAUUCCUAGAAAGCUUACUACGGUGUAUACGAUGUAGACCUUUUUCUGAAAGGAAAUUUUUUCGGAUUGGUAUUUUAGGGAGUUUUUUAAUAUAAAUGUGAAAAACCAGAAAAAAAUGGAGGGAAAAUGGGAAAAUGUAUGAAAUUUAGGGGUAUUAGAUGAAAAAUAUUUCGCUGUUUUCAUUGUCUAAGCAUUUUAAUUUUAAUUUUAUUAGAGUUUAGUUACCUUUAUUAUUGACAUAAAUCAGUUUUUAUUAAACCAUAAACAAACAGUUUAUAAUUUAUUAACAUUUAAAGUUAAAUUAUUAGGUGAAGUUUUUAGUAAAAAUAAGUAAAUACUUUUUUAAUAACAUUGAAUAAUAACUGUUUUAUUAUCAUAUUAAAUCUGCAGAGAUCGGCUACUAAUUUUUAAAUUGAUAUUUACUAAUAGUGGUUAUAAUCUUAUUUUAAUUGUAAUUUAAAUAUGCAUUUAUAGCUUACUUAUCUUAUCUCUUACUUAAAAUAUGAUAUAUCAGUGUACACACUAAUAUUUAUUUUGAAUAAAAUAAAAUAAUCUAUUUAAUGUUUUAGUUAUAAAUGUGUGGACUACAGAGCCAUUCAGGAAAAAUAAUCAUAACCGGACAAAUGUUCCAGAGUCUCCAAAUCUUAUUGUAAGAAUAAUUAGUGUUAAUAAAUUUGGUUUAAUCAAUUUUUGUUUUUAGAAUACAAAUCAACCUGGCGGUUCAGUUCAAAAGUUUGGUAAUAUUAAAAAUACACCAUCUCCUUCAAUGCUCAUUGGCCAUGAAGGGAAAUAUACCCCUAGUAGCUCUGUUCCUGAUUUAGCUCAAAAGUAAUAUUCAAAAAUUAAUAAUAAAAUAUAAAUUGAUUUUUUAAAUAUUAAUGAACAAUUUAUUUAAAGAUUUGCUAAUGCUAAUUUGUGGAGCAGUACUCUAGGAAUAACUGCUGAUCAAUCAAUAAGUGUUAGGAAUUUUAGUAAUCGAUAUAUUCCUAAUGAUUGUCAUAUAAAUCAUCAAGCAAGUUUUUAAUUUUGUAACUAAUUAUAUUUUACUUGAUUUUUUUACCUGAUUGAAUAAUUUCUAAUUUUUGUUUAUAUUUAGUUGGGAACUCAUACGAGUGCUACUUGUCUACCCUAUCAUUCACACUCAGAUUUAGCUGAAUCAUCCGUUAUUAUGCACAGAUUUGGCGACAAUACAAUUUAUACACCACCUUUAUCACAAUAUUUUCCAAAUGUAAGUUAAAAUGUAGGUAUGUAUAUGUAUAAUGGCAUAUGGUAUACAUGUCUGAAUAAACUCAAUGCAUUUACCAAAAUUAAUUUGGUUCAAUAAAUAGUUAUACUUCUGGGUGAUAUUUUUUAAAUAAUUACAUGUACAUGUAUUAUAUAGAUUUAUUUGACAACAUAUAAUAAUAUAUUUCCAAAUACAUUCCUGCAAAUUUGUUACUUCUAAUGUUUUUAGAACUUGAUUAUUACUUAACUGAAUAAAGUAGUAACACGAAAUAGCAAUUUUUUAUAAUAACCAAUAACUUAGUUUUUCAAAAACACAAUUUUAGGCAUUAGAAGUAAUUUACAUUUCUUAUGCAAUUUAAUAAAGAUUAGAAUUUGAAUAUAAAUUGUACUUCAAAAGUAUUACCAAUUGUACUACCGAUUUUACUAGUUUAGAUAAACUUGCAGUUUUCUACUCUUGGAUAAAAUUAUAUAUAAAUAAAAUAAUAUAUAUAUCAUAUAAAAAAUUAGAUAAAAUCUUAUUCAUUUUUGGUAAUCUUUGCAUUUUGUUUGAAAUUCAUGAUUUAAAUAUAAAAUAUUAUAUUAUUUGUAAAUUUUACUUAUCAGUCAUAUCUGUUAUUAAUUUUGUUGAAAUUAUGUUUUCAAUUUGAAAAUUGUUAUUAUUGGUAUGUGACUUAUAUAUUUAACCAAAGUUCAUAUCAAUUUAAACUAACAAGUGUUUUGUUUCAGAGUUAUUAAUAGAACUGUGUUCAAAUUCUUGUUAGAUUGUUGGUUAAUUUAUACCGCAGGCUGCAAAAUAAAAUAUUAAUUUACUUAUAAACUAAUUUGUCUUGGAAAAUAUAUUUUAAAAAAAAAAAUAAAUAUUUUUAAGAACCCGGCAAAUAGGUAAAAAUUAUCUGAUGGUUAAAAAAUAAAAAAGAUUCACAGAUUGGACCAUUUAAGUUAGAAUUAACUUUUAUUUAUAAGCUAGGAUAUAAAAUAAAAAUAAUGAUUACUGUGAACCGAAAACUAAUAAUUUGUUACAAUAGGUUCAAAAUAAAUAAUUAUUUUAAAAUAUAGUGUUUUAGACCUAUUAUUUGUAUUCAAAUACACAAAUCAACAUCUAUAGGUAAUCUAUAUCAAUAUCUAUAGGCAUAAUAUUUACUAUUAAUUUAAUACAACAACAUCAAUGUAUGUUAAAUGUAAAUUUAAUGCAUGCUAUUAUUGGAAACUGUUCACUUUAAUUUAAUUAAAAUAUGUCUUAUUGAAAUUUUAUUUUUAGAUUCAAUUGCAACACAAAAAUGAAAUUAUUAAUUCCCAUCAUUCCACACCUGCGUUGCAUAAUAUUGGGCAAUCUGGACCAAUACCAUUAUCAUCAGGUGAAUAUAACAAUAUUUUUAAAUUUAAAUUUAAAAUAAUUCUUAAGAUCUUAAUUUUUUUAUUGUAGUAAAUCAAUUAUUCUUAAAAAAUACAAUAUUUAUAUAUAAGGUAUAAUAAUAAUAAAGUUUUAAUAAUUUCUAUGCCCUUAUAAAAGUUACAAUUAAUAAUAUGAAUUAAUUAUAAAAAUGAUAGAGGUGAUUAGUUUUGUAAUUUUGUGUUCAUAUAACUUUGUAGAUGGAGAAGAACUCCCUUUACCACCUGGUUGGUCUAUAGACUUAACAUUAAGAGGUCGUAAGUAUUAUAUAGAUCAUAAUACAAAAACUACACAUUGGUCACAUCCAUUAGAGAAAGAAGGUCUUCCAACUGGAUGGGAACGCAUUGAAAGUAAUGACUAUGGGGUAUAUUUUGUGAAGUGAGUAAAAAGUAAAAUGUAAACUUAAAAUUUAUUUAAUUCAAAUUAUGUGCAUUAAUUUAAUUUAUUGAAAACAAAAUUCUAUGAACGUAUCUUUAAUAAUAUUUAUAUCUUAUAUAUAUUUUAUGUAUUCUAACCUAAUGUCUAACAUAUAGGUAAUAUUUAAUAUUUAAAAAAAAAAAAAACAAAUAUUAUUUUAAAAUUUUGAAUGUACCAUUCAUUCAUAUCAGAUCAAUAGUGUUUUAAUAAUUUUAGUUUAAAUUUCUAACUCAUCAAUUUAUCAUCAUUUAUUAUAGGUAUAGUCGUAUAGAAUGGAAUGAAAAUUCACUUAUUGUAAAAAUAGGGAUACCCUUAUAAUAUGUUCUAAUUGGUGUUGUGUCAUUGCGACAUGGUCAUUUUAACAAAAGAAGAUUUGGCGCAUGGCUUUUUUUGUCAUUUUUUUUUUUAAUUAUUAUUAAAUAUAAAAUAAAUAUAAUACUUAAUAAAUUAUAAAAUUCAUUAAAAAUUUCCAUCGCUGACUUUUUAGAAAUUUUAAAGGCAUUUUAAUAGAAAUUAUGCGUCGUAAGUCUCGACAAAUACUGAACACAUACUGAGUGAUCCAUUUAAGUCAGUAUACUCAUUAUCUUGGAAAGUAUUAAUUUUUUUGGAAUGUUUUAUAGAAAAUUCAAGAAACAAGCAGCUCUACAAUUCUAUAUUUAUAUUACUUUUAUUUUUGUGGAUAUAACCACUAUCUACAUUAGAUUUUCAAAUGGCAACCUAUAUAAAAAAUUACACAAAUAGAUGGAUUAUUAGUUAAAAUAAAUUUGAGUGUUGAAAUUUUUUAUUUCUGUGAGGCCGUUGACAAGAUAUUCCAUUUUUAAGUUUAGAUUGAAGGAGAAUAUUGACACAUUAUUAACGUGCCACGCAUCAUUCCACCACACUAAUGAUACUCUACUACUCUCCCUCAACCCAAUUUUAAAAGUGGAAUAUCUCGUCAAUGGCUUGACGGAAAUCAAAAAUUUCAACACAAAUUUAUUAUAACUAAUACUUCAUCUAUUUGUGGACUUUUUAAUAUAGGUUAUCAUUUGAAAAACAAAAGUAGGUAGUGGUUUUAUCCCCAAAAAUAAGGAUAACAAAAAAUAAUAUAAAUAUAAAACUGUAAAGCAACUUGCUUCUUAAAUGUACUAGAAAACAUAUUCAGGAAAAAAGUUAAUACUUUUUGAGAUAAUGAAUGUACCCACUUAAAUGGAUCACCUGGUAGAAUGCAUAUUUAUUAUCAAUUAAAUUUAUCUUUCCGGACAAUUAUAAAGAUAAGCAUGAUCAAUCUUCCAAUGUUAAAAUAUUAUAUCUAAUAAUAUAAUAUCUGUUUGGGGCAUCUCAUUCUUCCUACAGGUUUUUUUCCAAUAAUUAUACCUUCUGUUGUUUGUUUGGUUAUUUUGCGCUCUGCUUUCCAUUUGUAACCAAGCCAUUAUAUUCUCUUAAUUCUGUCAAAUUAUAGGAUAUUCUGUCUCCCAUAACUAUUUUUCAAGCUAGCAUUAUGUCUUCUAUCAUACCUUCUCGUUUUUAUAUUAUAAACAGUUCCAUAUAUUUUUCUGAGCACUUUUCUCUCUGUUGUACUCAGUUUAUAAUAACCAACUUUUGUAGUAGUCCACAUCUCAUAUCUAUAUGCUCUUAUAAAAAAGUCUUUAACAAUAAUUUAAGAAUAGUAUAACUAAAUUUCAUGGGAAUAACAAAAUCAAAAACAGAAAAAAUAAGCCAGAUUUUCAAUAAUGUUAACGUUUUGAUAUUACAAGAAACCCACUUUUCCAUUGGCCAACUUUCUAAAGUUAAUAGCUUUUAGCUAGUGAAAUUUUCAGGUUAUUCAAAAGAUAAUACAGCUACAAAUAUAAAUCAGAACUGGCAUCCUCGUCAUGUAUCCAUCAUAAUUAAUGGACACUCAAUUGGAAUGUAUUUAGACAACUUAAGUAUUUUAAAUGUUUACAAGCUUACAUCUUGAACACUAGUUAUCACUAGUUCUUCCAACAAGAAAUUAUCCUGAAGUGAUUUCAAUUCACAUGGCAUUGAUUGAGGAUACAGAAGUGAUAAUGAUGAAGAGAAGUUCUCAAACUGGGUAAAUAUCAAUCACAUGCAGAUUAUUUAUGAUGCCAAAUAAGGAAACACUUUCAACUCUGGAAGACGGGUUAGAACUUUUUCCCUGGAUCAAUGCUUUAUCACUAAAAAUCAUAAUGAAACACAUCUCAGUGACCAACAUCAAGUAAUGAAUAAAUUCUCCAACAGCCAACAUCAAUCUGUUAUUUUAGAUGUAGGAUUAGUGCUACCAAGAAUAAAUAAUCCGGAAAUGAUUAGAUUGAACCUCUGUAAGGCAGACUUAGAUGUUUAUUCAACAUAAGUGGAGGAUAAUAUAAACCAAAUUGAACCGAUUUCUGAAAACUACUAAAUAUUUGUGAAGCUGCUAAAAUUGGCUGCAGAUAAAUCUUUUCCUAGAGUGCAUAGGAAAAAUUACAUUUCCUACUUAACUGAAAAAUGUGAGAAACUGCUUAUAGAAUACGAGUAAGAUGGUAGCGAAGUAACAAUCAAUGGACUAUUAGAGGUCUAUUUGACGAACUAAGGAAAUAAAUAUGCAAACAACUAUGGAUGAUCUAGGCUUUACCCAUCAAAGUAGAAAAAGUUGGUCCCUAAUAAUAAAAUUAGGAGCCAUGCAACCAACACAUAAGGAAAAUUGUGUCAACACAAAAACAAUAUCGGCUAACCUUUAUAAAAUAGUACUUGAUAAUUCAGUUAUUAAAUCUGCAGUGUUCCUUAAAAUAAUAAAUCAAAAGACUGCUGAAUCUGAUGGCAUCUUACCAGAAUUUUUAAAAAACUUAGGCAUUAAAGCUAAAACUUGGUGGUUAGUAUAUCUAUGUAUAUCAAUUAUUAAUAACUGCAAAAUUCCCAAGAAAUAGCAUAAGGCUAAGAUAAUUGCAAUUCUUAUAUAAAACAAACCAAGUAAUAACCCUGAAAGCUCUGUAGUUUUCAGGCCAAUAUCACUAAUUUCAGUAGUCUUUAAAGUCUUUGAAAGACUUCUUUUAAGUAGAUUUUCAGAUAAACUAGAAAGAAUAAUGCCAAAAAAGCAAGCUGGUUUUGCAAGCACACUAAGAACUGGCCUCGGCUCUAGUCUACAAUGCAGUAAAAUAUUGUGUACCCACAUAGUCAAGAAGUAUGCAUUAUAAGAAAAUUGAUACUCAGGUGAACUACAUGAUGAGGAUAAUUUGAGGUAUUGUAAAAAUAAGUGUAAAGUACACAAAUACUGAUGAUUGAGUGUUCUCACUGUGACUACGGUGAAAUGCACAUCAUAAAAUCUUGCCCAUUGAGGAAAUUUACUGAAGAGCUGGUUAGAAUUAUGUGUGUGAGAGUACCGUAAUUGAAUGGUUAACCAACUUAGACGUCCAACUAUAAGCUAUCAUUAUUAGUUACCAAAAACUUUUCUUUAUUUAUUUACUAAUCUAGUUGUAUCUUUAUUUAAUUACUAUAAUUUUGUUAUGCCAAUACCAUAUGAAAAUAUAUCAAUUUGUCAUAACUGGUCUCAAAUAACUUUUGUAAAAUGUUAUUUUCGUUUCAACUUGAAAAGCCUUAGUUAACUGUAAUAACACCUGUUCGUACCAGCCAUUUGUUCUUUUAUUUAAUUAUGUAGUUUUCAAGUCUUCUUUAUUUUUUUUUUUUAUACACCUCAUCUCUAGAAAUUAAAACAAACUAUUCAUCAGAUAUUCAUAUUAUGUUAGAUUAACAAUUUUAAAAUAAUAUAUAUUACAAUUUGGCCAUUUUUAAAAUAUUUUAUACAAAUUUUAUGAGAUAUUGUAGACCAUUUUUCUCUGAAAAUAUUGGUUUUGAAAAACCCCAAUAUCCUCAAUGUGCUCUAUUAGUUUACGUCUAUAUAAACCACUAUUUUAUAUAUAUAUACUACGGUAUAAUGAAGAAUACCGAUGAAACUUAUUCCACUACCAUUGAUAAAUAUCUAAAUUGUGGAAAUUGACCAAUUCAUUUUGGUAAAACCUAAUGUAUACAAAAGGGUUUGAUUAAACUCCAAAUCAUUUUUUUUUGCAGUUUGGACUUUUACAAAAGAGAUUUUUUAAAUCUUAAGAUAAAUAACUAGUAUUAGUAAAAGUCCGAAAUUUCAUUUUUUUUGCUUAUUAUGUGGUUUUUUCACUUGCUCUGUACACAGAUAUUUUUACAAUAUUAUAUGCUGAUUAUAAGAUUACAUAUUUGUAUUAAUUAUAAGUAAGAAUAAAUAAGUACUUACCUGAAUACCUUCUUACUUAAUAAAUAUAUAUUAGAUAGAUAAAUUAUUAUUACAAAAAUUAUUAUCUAUUUAUUAUUCAUUUUAUUGCAAUUAAUUUCAGAAAAUUUCAACUAAAAUAUAAAUCGUGACAAAUGCCAAAUGUAUUAAUUGGAAAACAGUUAAAACUAAAAUUUCAGAAAUUGACUUAAGUAAAGUUAAUGCACACAUAUUACUUGCUGUGGUGUUCAAAUUUGUGAGUGACAAUUUUUAUUGCUUGGGUACCAAAGCAAGAACACUGUUAACUUUUUAUUAUAAAUCAAUUCAUCUUAUGUGAUGAAAAUUUUAUAUAAUUGACAAAAACGAAAUCGGAAUAUGUCAAAUAGUAUUGCAACUGUCAAUUGAUAAAUUAAUUAUGUAAUUCAAGAAGUUAUAAUAGCCUUUCUUUACAAAUUAUCAUUUUUGUAAUAGUUAAUAUUUUAAUAAAGUACGAGUAAUAUAUAAAAAUUAUUUCAAUUUUUGUAAUAAUAUUUCAUAAUAUUGUAAUAAUAUUUGAGUAUAAAUCAAGGGAAAACACUACACAAAAAAUUUAAAAAAUAAUAAUUUAAUUCAAUUUUGGACUUUUACCAACACUAGUUAUUUUUCUUACAAUUUACCAGAUCUUGUUUCAAAUUAAGUCCAAACUACAAUAAAAUGAUUUGAGGCUUAACCAAACUAUUUUUUGUAUAACUUAGGUUUAACUAAUAUUCUUACUUUUACUUAACAUAUAUGUUUUAAUAAAUUGUAUCAUUAUUUGUACAUUUUAACCUUUUUUUUUAGUCAUAUUACCCGACAAGCACAAUAUGAACAUCCGUGUGCACCACAUUAUAUUUAUCAACCUGAAGUAAGAAUUCCCUUACCACUUCCUCCUCCGCCACCACCAAGACCUACACAUUUUCAUCCCCAUAAUAUGCUUGUGCCUGCUAAUCCUUACUUAAAUCAAGGUAAAAUUUAUAUUAAAUUUUUUUUUUUAUACAUAAAUUUAAAGUAAAUUAUUAUAUAUAAUGUUUUAGAAAUUCCUGUUUGGCUCAGUGUGUAUUCUCAAGCAGCCCAAACAUUAGAUCACAAACUCAGAUGGGAAAUGUUUAGACUACCAGAACUUGAUUGUUUUAAUGCUAUGUUGACUCGUUUAUAUAAACAAGAGUUAGAAGAAAUUGUUAUGCGUUAUGAAGUUUACAGGUUUGUUGUUUUUUUUACUAUUAUAAAGUAAAAGUAAGUAUGCAUAGUUAAAUGUAUUUUAUUUUAUAGGUUUAGGAAUAAAUUAUUAGUUUAUUACAUUUACUUUUUCACAUAAGACAUAACAGAUUUUUAAAGCAAUAAUAAACAUAUUUUAAUAUUAAAAAAAAAAUAAAAGUUUUAGAUUUUGUUUUUUUGUUAGAUCUGCAUUGCUAUUUGAAAUGGACAGAAGACAUAUGCAAUCUAGAUGUAUUGAUACAAAUGAAUAUAACCGCUAUGGUCCAGGUCCUCGUAUAAUUGAUAUAACUAAUGAUAAUCUGCGUGAAGUUGCGCUUUCACAACACACAGAAACCAAAGUAUAAAUUGAUGCGCAUUCAGUUUCAUGUUAUAAUAUUGCUCGAAUUAUUUUAUAAUAUUAAAUAGUGGUUUUAAUGGUUCUAUAUAUAAUGCAUUUUCUACUACAAAAAAAAACUGUGAUAAAUCUAUUCAUGCAUGUUAUAUUUAAUAUUGUUAUUAAUAAAGGAUAUGGUUAUAUACAAAUUAUUAUAAUUGUAUUA